UCCAUUACGCUCUCUCUCUCUGGGCUAACUAUCCAAGGAUCAGUCCGUCGUGCCCACUAGCAAAAACUCUCAUUUUCCUCAAAGAUAAAGAGAGUUGACGGCGUAACUUUUUGGUUCUCUGUCUAAUGAUUUAUCUUUCUCAUAAUGCACUCAGAGUGUUCGAAAAAGUUACCCAUCGGCGUGUUUGUUUGAGAAAUUUUAUAUUUGCUCUAAAUUAUAGUUCUUUGCGCAAUAACUAUGCAUAUUAUGAAGACCCAGUUGAGUUUUAUGCUCAAAGAGAGAAUGUAGUAUCCUGGACAUCUAAGAUAUCCGGUUUGGUGAGGAAAAACCAGCCGAAUGAAGCUGUUGGGCUGUUCAAAAAGAUGCUUUGGAAUGAAAAAAGGCCCAACUAUGUGACGGUGUUAAGCGUAAUACGGGCUGUUGGGGCAUUGGAAUGGGAGGAUACGCUGUUGGUAGUUCAUGCGUUGGGGAUCAAAAUGGGGUUCGAGUCAGAAGUUUCGGUGCUCACGGCUCUUCUUGGUUGUUAUUCUGUGUAUGAUAUGGGAAUUGUGUGGAAGUUAUUUCAUCAGAUACCUAGUAAGGAUGUGGUUUCAUGGAGUGCAAUGGUUUCAGCGUGUGUGAGAAAUGGGCAGUACUCUGAAGCUUUAAGAUUUUUCAGGGAUAUGCAACGUCAUGGUGUGCAGCCAAACCAUGUGACCAUUGAAUCUUGAGGCAUCAAUUCUAGUGUUUAAGGAUAUAUUGAAGAAGG